AUGUCCGAGUCUCCGACCGGUACGUCGCCGGAUCGCGACGGCAUCUAUCCAUCAAAUGGCCAGACGUACGACAAGUAUCAUUUUCAAGAAAAGAACAUUCACAUGCAAGGCAUUGAGUUGGACGAUGAAGAAGAAGACGAAGACAUCGAUCAACUUAUCGAAGACCUAGAGUCGCAAGAUGGCGAAAACGCCGACUACGAAGAGGAGGAAGCGCAGCACCCAGGCGGUGCGCGUUUGAUUCCGGAAGAACUCCUGCAGACCGACACACGCAUUGGCUUGACUUCCGCCGAGGUACUCAUACGGCGGAAGAAAUUUGGCGAGAACAAGAUGAAAGAGGAUUCAACGAAUAACUGGGUAAAGUUUCUGAUGUUUUUCGUUGGCCCAAUCCAGUUCGUCAUGGAAGCGGCUGCGAUCCUUGCUGCAGGACUUCAGGACUGGGUUGACUUUGGCGUCAUCUGUGGUUUGCUCCUCCUGAACGCGAGUGUUGGCUUCAUUCAAGAGUACCAGGCUGGCUCGAUCGUUGAAGAGUUGAAAAAGACGUUAGCUCUCAAGGCCACCGUGUUACGCGACGGCACUUUGGUUGAGAUCGAAGCACCGGACGUGGUGCCUGGAGACAUCCUGCAAGUCGAGGAAGGUGUGAUCGUCCCGGCCGAUGGGCGCAUCGUUACAGAGAACGCGUUCGUACAGGUCGACCAGUCUUCCAUCACUGGAGAGUCGCUUGCUGUCGACAAACACCGAGGAGACACUUGCUACGCAUCUUCUGCAGUCAAGCGUGGCGAAGCUUUUGUUGUGAUUACAGCUACAGGCGACUCGACGUUCGUUGGACGUGCAGCGUCACUCGUUGCCAGCGCUUCCAGCGGACCUGGGCACUUCACUCAAGUACUCCAUGGUAUUGGAACGAUUCUGUUGGUCCUGGUCAUCGUAUCAUUGCUGGUUGUCUGGAUAAGCUCUUUCUAUCGGUCUAACGAUAUUGUUACUAUCCUUCGGUUCACACUCGCGAUCACAAUUGUCGGAGUGCCAGUUGGACUUCCCGCCGUUGUUACAACGACUAUGGCUGUGGGCGCGGCUUACCUGGCUAAAAAGCAGGCCAUUGUGCAGAAGCUCUCCGCCAUUGAAUCCCUCGCAGGCGUCGAGAUCCUGUGCUCUGACAAGACCGGUACUCUGACAAAGAACAAGCUUUCUUUAGCUGAGCCAUAUACUGUUCAAGGUGUCGAUCCUGAGGACCUUAUGCUUACUGCCUGCUUGGCCGCGUCAAGAAAGAAGAAGGGCAUCGAUGCUAUCGACAAAGCCUUUCUUAAGUCGCUACGACACUAUCCGCGUGCCAAAUACGUGCUGAGCAAGUACAAAUGUAUCCGUUUCCACCCAUUUGAUCCAGUAUCCAAGAAGGUUCAGGCAGUUGUCGAGUCACCCCAAGGCGAACGCAUUACAUGCGUCAAGGGCGCUCCUCUUUUCGUGCUCCGGACUGUUGAAGAAGAUGGUUCCGUCCCACACGAGGUUGAACUGGCUUACAAGAACAAGGUCGCAGAGUUCGCUACGCGCGGCUUUCGCUCACUCGGAGUUGCUCGCAAACGUGAAGAUGAACGUUGGGAAAUUCUCGGCAUCAUGCCAUGCUCAGAUCCUCCGCGCCACGACACGUACCGCACGAUCAACGAGGCAAAGUCUCUAGGGCUUUCAAUUAAGAUGCUGACUGGUGAUGCCGUUGGUAUUGCGCGAGAGACUUCACGCCAGCUCGGUCUAGGUACCAACAUCUUCGAUGCUGAGAAACUCGGGUUAAGUGGAGGCGGUGAAAUGCCUGGCUCGGAGUUCUACGACUUCGUUGAAGGCGCAGAUGGUUUUGCAGAAGUGUUUCCACAACACAAGUACAACGUUGUGGAGAUUCUGCAACAAAGAGGAUACCUCGUCGCAAUGACAGGCGAUGGCGUGAACGACGCGCCAUCGUUGAAGAAAGCAGAUACUGGUAUCGCUGUACAGGGCGCCUCUGACGCUGCUUGUUCCGCUGCCGAUAUCGUUUUCCUCGCUCCUGGUCUCUCCGCUAUCAUCGACGCGCUGAAAACAUCGCGGCAGAUCUUCCAUCGCAUGUACGCUUACGUUGUUUACCGAAUCGCUUUAUCACUCCACCUUGAAAUCUUCUUGGGGCUUUGGAUCGCUAUCCUCAACGAGAGUCUGAACCUUCAAUUAGUGGUGUUCAUUGCUAUUUUCGCUGAUAUUGGUACACCCCCACAUCCGACGUUAGCCAUCGCCUAUGAUAACGCACCAUACAGCAGGACUCCGGUCAAGUGGAACCUUCCAAAGCUUUGGGGAAUGUCAAUCCUCCUUGGCGUCAUCUUGGCCGUAGGCACUUGGAUCACGAUGACAACGAUGCUGCCUUACCUUACCGGCGAGCAGCAGGGUGUCGAAGGCGGCAUCGUUCAGAACCAUGGCCAGCGCGACCCAAUUCUGUUCCUUGAAAUUACGUUGACUGAGAAUUGGCUAAUCUUUAUCACCCGCGCAAACGGCCCAUUUUGGUCAUCCAUCCCUUCAUGGCAACUAGCUGGCGCGAUCUUGGUUGUCGAUAUCCUUGCGACGUGUUUUACUAUUUUUGGAUGGUUCGUAGGUGGGAGAACAAACAUUGUUGCUGUUGUCCGGGUCUGGGCCUUUUCUUUCGGCAUCUUCUGCAUUAUGGCGGGUGUGUAUUACAUUCUGCAGGGUAGUCAAGGCUUUGACAAUCUCAUGCAUGGGAAGCUUCUCAAAAGAAAGCAGAAGCAGAGGAAUCUAGAAGACUUUGUUGUUUCGCUACAACGGGUAUCAACUCAGCAUGAGAAGAUUCAGCACGAGAAGAUGACAUAG